GAUCUCUCCGGUCCUCCUUAAAUGUUUGUGACAAACAUGGCGUUUUUCCGUGCCGGGGGGAAAGUGUCGUGUCCUGCCCCGCCCUGAAUGAACACUGACUCGACGGCGCUAUCAGCCUGUGAGUGCCACGGGGGGAACUCCACUGUGUAAAAGUACACAGACAUUAUCAAGUCCGGAUCUGCACCAAAAGUCCAAUGGUCAAUGUUUGCAUCUGGACUGCUGCUGCACAAGGCACCCGCACACACUGCAUGAGGGCUUGAAGACUGCUGCUGCUGCUGCUGCUGGCUGGGUUUGAAGAACCGAGCACGUCCGUAUUGACACUAAAAACAAACUAAAAGUUAGGCCGGUGGUACCGCAGUCAUGUCGGGACAGCCGAGAUUCGUGAACCCGUUUCACAGACCCCAGUGUCUGGCUGCUGCAGCUCCUGCGGGGAAAGCCAAAUUCACGCACCCGGGGAAGGCGAUCCUGGCAGGUGGAAUAGCAGGAGGCAUCGAGAUCUGCAUCACCUUCCCCACAGAGUACGUUAAAACACAGCUGCAGCUGGACGAGAAGGCCAACCCUCCCAAAUACAAAGGCAUCGGAGACUGUGUGAAGCAGACGGUGAACGGUCAUGGGGUCAGAGGUCUCUACAGAGGCCUGAGCUCUCUGCUGUACGGCUCCAUACCUAAAGCUGCUGUCAGGUUCGGGGUGUUUGAGUUCCUCAGUAAUAAGAUGCGUGAUGAGAGCGGACGACUGGACAGUAAACGAGGAUUCCUCUGCGGCCUCGGGGCGGGAGUGGCCGAGGCCGUGGUCGUAGUCUGUCCCAUGGAGACAGUAAAGGUCAAAUUCAUCCACGAUCAGACUUCAGCAAACCCAAAGUACAGAGGAUUCUUCCACGGAGUGAGAGAGAUCAUCAGAACUGAAGGACUGAAGGGGACGUAUCAGGGCCUGACAGCCACCGUGCUGAAACAAGGCUCCAACCAGGCCAUCCGCUUCUACGUCAUGACUUCUCUGAGGAACUGGUACAAAGGCGAUGACCCGAACAAAGCCAUUAACCCUCUGAUCACCGGGCUGUUCGGAGCCGUAGCCGGAGCUGCCAGCGUGUUUGGAAACACUCCUCUGGACGUCAUUAAGACCAGGAUGCAGGGUCUGGAAGCUCACAAGUACAAAAGCACAGUGGACUGUGCCGUCAAGAUAAUGAAGCACGAAGGACCAAAGGCGUUCUACAAAGGUACUGUUCCCCGGCUGGGUCGGGUGUGCAUGGACGUGGCUAUAGUCUUUAUUAUCUACGAGGAAGUUGUGAAAAUCCUUAACGUGGUUUGGAAGACGGAUUGAACUGGACCCUCCCUCCCCUCUCCCCGGUGCUACACAACAGGCAGGAGUGUUAGGACAGGCUGCUCACAUUAUUAACCCGGCUGCGUUCCAGACCCAUCUCCUUAAAAACCCUGCUUUAGGUUCUAAUAUCUACCUCUAAGUGAUUCCAGAGAGAAAGAAAGGGAUUGGUAUGUUCUUGAUUUUAUUUAUAACACAGCUAUGACAAGCGGACGCAUUAUCUGCAUGAAGAAAAAAGCUCCAGAUUGCAGAGUUGCUGCUUAAAUGUGCUGUUUUUUCCUUAAAUUCCAGACGGGGGGAAGUUCCUAAAUAGCUCAGGGAAAGGAACGGGGCAUUUAUUCUGAUCUAAUUGACUAAAGAAUAACCAAUACUCGACCCAAUAUAAUGUGAUUUAGGAGACUGUAGACAUAGAAAUUAUACUUGAAAUGAGAGAUUGAACCAUAGAUCAAACAAGCCCUCUUUUUAUGCAGUUAUUCCCUUUUUUUUGUUUCUACAAGACUUUUCAGAACCAUUAUUUCAUUUAAUAUCUGAUGAAAUAUUUUAUAUUCAGAUGCUGCAGAGGCUACGGUACAGUUCAGAACUAGAUGCCUUAAAUCAAAUCUCUCAGAUUAAUCAAGAUUUUAGGAUGCAUUUUUUGAAUUUUGUUGCAUUUGUUCACAACUUCUUUAGAAAUGCACGUUUCCACUUGAGUUGCAGAGAUGUUUUAAAUCACCUUACUAAACUGAUGCUAUAAAAAAAGUGCCUAUAUAUUCAUUUUGAGAUCUUUUGAGAUUAAGAAUGAUUGAAUGUUGUAUGUACUUUAGUCACUACAGAUGUUUUUAAUAAUAACGUGCCAGAUGUGUCAUUCUCAGCAGUUUUCGGAGUAUUUCUGAAAUGUUCGUGUCUUUUAAAAUUCAUCGUAACUGUUGUAUAAUUUUUGCUUUUUAAAUUUAAAAUUUCCUUUUAUUGCAUAGACUGUUUGAGAAGUGCCAUUAACAGUGCCUUCCAUCUCAUUCCAUGGAGGACCAGUGGUUUAUUAUAGCUUUUAUUGGAGAUUAUGUUUUUAAUUUUUAACAAAAAUAAUUGCCUUUUUCUUUUUACACCAACUGAUGACCCAAUGUGCCAACUGCUGCUUAUAUAUAUAAAUAUACAUGUAAUAUAUAUAUAUAUAUAUAAUGCCAUGUUAUAGACUGAUGUGUAGCUUGUGAGACUGGCAUGUUUACAUACAGUGCUAUUAUUAAUUGUUUUACAAAUGUUUACUUUGAGCUUCAUUUUUCAGCUCCAGCUUACAGACAUGUAGACUUGAUGUCAUGGCUAUUGAAAUUUUUUUUUUGACAUGAAAAAAAAAUUCCAGUAGUGAAAACCAAGAACUGUGCCUUCAGUAUAACUAAUUAUAACAUGGAUUCACACAAAUAAACUUCAGAUCAGACUGUUAAUU